GACACAAAAUAGCGGUGUAUGUAUUGUUGCAAAAACUCUUCAAUUUGCUUCAGCUCGUGAUAAGAAACCAUUUUAUGGAGAUAUGAAAUUUUAUGGAGUCAUUGAAGAAAUAUGGGAGCUUGAUUAUCGUGAUUUUAGGAUGGCAAUGUUCAAAUGCAAUUGGGUAGAAGACAAGUAUGUUAUAUCAGAUGAGUUAGGAUGUACUUUAGUGGAUCUCAAUAAAAUAAGCCAUAAGGAAGAAUCAUUUAUAUUAGCAAGUCAAGCAAAACAAGUAUUCUAUAUUCAAGAUCCAUCAGAUUCACGAUGGUCAAUUGUACUUGCAUCACAACCAAAAUUCAUAGGUGAUGAUGAUGAUGAUGAUGAUGAUUAUGAGAUUGGCGAACUUCAAACUUUUGAGAAAGAAAUUGGAGAUAUCAAUGAAUUUGAGGGAAUUGAAUCAAUAGUUGGACCAUAUGUUCGAAGAGAUUGUGAUGGAAUUUGGAUUGAUCAUGGACCAUCAUGAAGAGCAUCCCGAAGAGGAACUUGAAGACAAUGCAGACGAAGGUAUCAAUUUAGAAGAGGCUGGUAGUGAAGAUCUUACAACAAAGAAGAAGAAAAGUAGGCAGACUAAGGGGAUAGUGCGAUUGGCAAAAAUAAUUGCUGACAAGAUCAAAGGGAUUAAGAUAAAUUUAAGGUUUAACAAGAGAGGGCAAUCAAUUGGAACUCCGGAGAGAGCGUUACAAUGCUAUUUGGGGAUGCAAGCAAAGUCAAUGGUGUCAAUUACAUAUGAUAAUUGGCAUGAUGUUUCUGCUGCAACUUUAGAGAAUGUUUGGAAAGAUGUAAAUCUAGCUUUUCAUCUUAACGAGGGAAUGAGAAAGGAAGUGAUGAGUUCAGUAGGCAUCAAGUGGAGGACAUUCAAAACAUUUUUUACUAGAAGAUUUGUAGCUCCUUACCUUAACAACCAAGAUUUAUUGGAAGCAAAUCUCACUGCAUUAGAUGUGCCUCCAAAAAGAUAUAACAUUCCUGAGGAGGAAUGGAAAAACUUCGUCACCAAAAGAAAAAGUAAAGAAUUUCAAUGGUUUAAUAUAUAA